AUGAUUGUGAAUAUAAGAGGGUUAAGCCUCAUCUUCACUUUCUUUUCCAUUUCGUUUUUGGCCAGUGUAGUAGUUGGUUUACAAGCGGAUCUAGCUGGGAUAGUAGAUUGGCAUUUACCUCUUAUUGGUGAAUAUAUAUUAGAGCCUACUCCACCUUUAUACGUCCUUCAAUCUCAAUCUCAAAGAAAUGAUGGUGAGGGAAGGAUAAUAGGAUUAACCAAGAAGAAUGUAUUGGCUGUUCUGAAUGCUGAAAAUGGUGAUAUUGCUUGGAGACAUCAAUUCGAAUUAUCAGAUCCGGUAAUAUCAUUUCAUGUCAAGGAUGACAACGUCUUGUUGUUAUCUGGAUCAGGAGGAUCAACAAUCAGGUUAUUCUCACUCUCGACAGGAUCUUUGUCAUGGGAAAAGUCGAUUGUACCUUCUGAAGAAGCACGACUUACUAUUCCAGCAUAUCUAGGUACAGAUGCAGCGUUCGUCCCUUCGAAACAAGGUGAAGAAGAUACAGUCGUCGUGUUGACUGGUAGUUCAAGAGUAUCCAAAUUCAGAUUGAGUGAUGGUGGAUUACUAUGGUCGAUGGAAUCUCCUGGCUCUGGAUCAACGAUAUUAUUCAAUCAAUUGAUACCAACAGGUAGUUCCGUUCAUAUAUUAGGAUUUCACUCCCAAUUUACCGGACAGUCACUUCUUACUUCCACAUUAGAUAUAUCCACUUCUAUCCCUAAAGCAGAUUUCGGACAAGUACCCUCUAUAAUCGAAAUACCUUCACAGGCUUUGAUUGCCAGUUCAACGAUAGAUGGUGAAGCAAAAGUAGUCUGGAUAGAACAUGGUCGAAUAAGAAUUAUCACAAUAAAAGAAGAUGGAAAUGUUGGAAAAGUAAAAGAUCUAUUACCCCGUAAAGGAAAAUUGUAUGAAUCGAUAAUAGAUGUGGGGGUAAGAAGAAAAGGUAUAAUUUUAGGUAAAAGAAGUGAUGGUGCUGUAGAUGUCAUAAGUGUUUCUCAAAGUAAAAAACUAGAAGAAUUUGAACUUUCAGCAAAUUCACCCGAAAGAUCAGAGUCGAUAUACUCCGGAACGGAAACUAAGAAUGGUGUAAUCCUCAAUCGAGUUUACUGGUCUUUCAACAUGGCUGUCGGAGCUGCUCAGACUAUCAAUAUCCCUAAUGUGGAUUCAUCAGAUAUCAUAACUUCAGGUUUCACAUUCCAAUACGAUACAUUAUCGCACGGGACAUUCAUACAUGCCGCUGUGUCUCCCACGCUGAACGAUAAACAACUCCCUACACUCGUUUUGACCACCUCAAACGGUGCUAUUCAACGAAUGGAAUUAGAUAACCCCGGCUGGGUAAGGGAAGAGUCCCUAUCUGAUAUAAAAGCUGCCCGAUUCGUAGAUCUGGGAGAACCUGAGACUGAAGAAGUAAGAGAGGUUUUAGCUGAAGAAGGAUUCGCCGGAAGAUUGAGUCGACACCUUGUUGAGCUCAAAGAUCUACCUGGAUACUUAUUCCGGUUCGCGAAGCGAUUCACCAGUGCCUCAUACACUUCGGCUCUUCAAGUGACACCUUUGAAUACAACCCAUCUGCAUCGAGAUCAGUUCGGUUUCCAGAAACUCCUCAUCGCAGCUACUGCGAAGGGAAAACUCUUUGCCCUUGAUUCGUCCAACGGCGCGGCAAUUUGGUCUCGAAACCUAGGAUUGACUAGUGCAGGAGGCUCAGAGAUCGAUAUACAAGACAUGUGGAAUGUCCGAGAUGGAGAAGGCGGCAGAGAACCUAUGUUAGCUAUUUUAGCAACCAAAGUCUCCAAGGACAAAGAGACCCUCACCACUGUCGCAUAUCAUCUCAACGCUUAUACCGGUCUGAUUGCUGGCGAAGUGGACCCUGUAAAUCACCUUCCACUUGGGAAAACCUUGUUCGAAGGUAAACCCCAGAACGCAUUUCUACUUCCCUUCGAAAACUGCGGCACCAAAGCUAGUGUACUGGCCGUAAUUGAUUCCUCUAAUGACCUACACAUCUUCCCGCCAUGCAAGAAGGUAGCAGCUGGAAUCGAGGAGAUAUCCGAUAGUUUGUUCUACUCUGUCAUCAGUAGGGGUAUCGACGAAACUUCCGUAAAGGGAUUUAUCCCAUCUGCGGCUAGAGAAGGUGGUGGCUUUAAAGGUGAAUUGAUAUGGCAAUUACCGAUUGGCGCAAGCGAGAAUAUACUAGAAAAUAAAGCUGUGAUCUUCGACUCUAUCUCCUCUUUCGGGAGGGUCUUAGGAGAUAAAUCUACUUUGUAUAAAUACUUGAAUCCGCAUUUACAAGUAAUAUCAACUUUCACUCCUUCACAAAGAGGUGUAUCAUCAGUCAACUUGAACGGGAUAGGUAAAAUAUAUGUCGUUGAUACAACAAAUGGUAAUGUGGUUUAUCAGACUCAGAUUGAUGGAGUGAAAGAAAGAGGUGGAAUCAAAGUUGGAAUGGUUGAGAAUUGGUUGGUGUUCUCUUGGUUAGAUGAAAGAGGUUGGAGGAUAGGUAGUACGGAAUUGUUCGAAGACACAGAAUCUAAAGGUGUAACACCAUCUCAAUCUUCUUUCCAAGAUGUAAAGAUCAACGCUGUCUCUCAAUCGUUCAUCUUACCUACAGAAGUAAAGGCAAUCGGGUUCACAACUUCCAAAGCUGGAAUCACCACUAAAGAAGUACUGAUUGUAAAUGGUAAAAAUCAAAUUGCUUCUAUACCUAGAAGAUUACUUGAUCCUCGAAGACCAACAGGUAAACCCACUUCAAGAGAUAAAGAGGAAAUAUUAAUUCCUUAUGAGGCUUUGAUCCCUCUUGAGCCUAAGAAAGUGAUUUCACACAAAUACGAGGUCCUUGGAGCCAAGACUCUCCUCACCUCGGCAGCAUUAGUAGAGUCAACAUCGUUACUCUUCGCAUAUGGUUUAGACCUGUUCGUGACUAGAGGUAUAACACCGGCAGGAACGUUUGAUAUAUUAUCUGAUAAUUUCAAUAAAGUUCAAUUACUCUUAACGCUAGGUGCAUUGACGGCCGGUAUAGUAGUUGCUGGACCGGCGGUGAAGAGGAAGGAAUUGAAAAAUAAAUGGUACUAA